AUGAGAAAAUCAUUUAUUAUUAUCAUUCGCUUAUGUCCUAAUACGCUUAGAUAUUAUAAAGGAAAAAAGACCCUGAUGAGAAUCAUUUUAUCUGUGUUAAUACCCAUUGAUACUACUACUACUACUACUACUACUACUAAUAAUAAUAAUAAUAAUAAUAAUAAUAAUAAUAAUAAUAAUAAUGACAUAAUUAGGUCAUAUGCUCAAGAAGAAAAUAAAACUGAAAAAAGAGAUAAAAGUGGAAAUGAUUUUCAUUUUACUUCAAUAAAGAGUGUUUCAAUCUAUUCAAAAAUGAACAAUAUGUAG